AUGGCCGGCGGCGGCGGCGGCGGAUCGCGGAGGGGCGUCGGCGUGGAACCGCUCGGGGAGCGCUGAGUCCCCCCGCCCGGCCCGAAACCUCCGCCCAUGGAUCGGCUGCUGCUGCUCUGCGCUGCUCUCGCCCUAUUUCUGCCUUCUAGCGCCUCGGACAGCGCCGUGCGAUGCGGCCGUCCCAAGGAAGUGGCCAAUGCGAUCAUCGACGCGGGCGACACGGAGCUGCUCCACACCAGCCUGCGUUACACCUGCAAGCUGGGCUACAAACGCAAAGCUGGCACCUCCACCCUCAUCCAGUGCGUCCUCCAUCAUGGCAAGCCUGUCUGGACAUCCACUGAGCUGCAGUGCAUUCGGGAUCCAGCUCUACCUCUGCAAACCCCAAGCCCUGAGCUCCCGACAGUGAGGACAAGCCAAAGAGGAACCAACACCACUUCAGCAGCACUGCCUGUGCCAUCACCAGAGACAUCUGUGCCACUGGCAGUGCCUGAACCACCAGAGAUGCCUACACCAGGAGAGGGGACAGCACUGGGGACAACCCCACUGCCCACCACCCCCAUAGACAAUACUACAGUUUCCACCCAGACUGUGGCCUCUUCCAUCGGGGUCUCAAUUCUGCUUGUUAUUGGUGUUGCGGGAUUCUGCUACUGGAGGAUGAAAAUGCAAGCACAGCAGAGCUACGUGGUGGCGGUGACGGCCAUCCCCAUGGUGGCUCCCAGUACCACAGUAGAGAACGAUGAGAUGUUGCCACCUGGUGACAUCCCCAUAGGCUGAGCACCCAGCACAGAGCACGUUGGUGUACCUACCAGCCCGGCUAGCCAGGAGGAUGCUCGAAGCUUGGUGCUUCCCCAAGUGGCAGUGGCAUGAGACAUGUCCCCACGUCCCCAGCUGGCCUUCGAGCGGAGCAUCUUCACUCCAGGGACAUGUAGCUGCUCUUCUCAGCCUGAACAAGUGGAUGGGAUCACUCCAGUGCCAAGAGCCAUUCGGUCAUGAACCAACAACCACUGCAAAGGGCUUCAGCUCUAUCACCACUUCAGAGGUCAUCCCCUCGUCCACACUCAGGGAUCUUCGGGGGCAAUUUCAGCACCGAUGCCAGCUGCUCGCAGGGGACUGCACUUGGGAGUGAUUUGCUACAAGCACUACCAAAGCCUGAAGACAAGGACAUGGCAAUGAUAUCUGUUGUUAUCCACUAAUUUCCCUCCCCCCUUGCUACAAACUGGAGGUUUUGUACUGAUGUUUUAUAUAUAAAGGGUAUAUAUUAUAAUGUAAAAAUAUGCACAGAGUGGCUGAUUCUUUAGUUGGGUGUCUUGCCAGCCACAAUGAUGGGGAGGAUAGUGGGAAUGCUGGGACAGACAGGAGCUGGGCUGGAGUGAAAUGCAUCCCUGUAACAGCCAGGGCUUGCUGGUGGUCUUCCAGGUAGGACUGAACCAGAGGAAAGGAGAUAUUCCAUGACUGCAGCUCCUCACUGAUGGGUAUAGUGAACACCAAAACUCUGCAUGGGUAGAAGUUGGCUUUGAACAACGAGGAUGGGUGGCUCAUGGUUGAAUACAGAGCUGCAGCUGCAGCAACCCACUGCAAACUCUAAAUGAGCACUGCCAUCCUCUAGAGGCAAAGGGUGAAGGCAAAGUGGGGGAUCAUCACCCAUCUGGCUCAGGUGGAAGGCAAAAAGGGCUUCAUCAGCCAGCUGGAAAGCCAACCCAAUGUGUUCUUUCCUCACUUGUCCUCGUGUUUGUUUCACUGCUUUGGACUGUCACUUUUCUGUGAAGACACAUGAUAAACCAAGGUUUCCUACAAGCCCCAAAUGCCAUGGGAUGGUUGGACAAGAGAUGGAAG